AUGGGUGUCUGUGUCUCAAAGCCCAACAAGAAGCUAAAAUCAAAGGCCAAGAGUUUCUGCAAGUCAUGCAGGUUUCGUCGAAAGAUAGCUCCAUCGAAUCUGAUUGUGCCUACAGUUCAAGAAAUUUACGGUGGUGACUUUUCUGCCCGUGAAUUUGAAUUUACCAGCAUCGAAAAUGACGAGACAGCAACUUUCCAGAGGUCUCAGGUUCAAAAUGCCUCUGUUCUUUCUCGGGCGCAAGACGAUGACAACCGAUCUUUUUCAAACGGAAUACUGCAAGAGGAACAGUGGUUCGACUCAGUAAGCGUCCUCGAUUCCGAUACAGAUGAAGAUUUUAUCAGCAUCGGGGGAGAUGUUUACACAACAUUAGGCACUCCAACCGAGAGCUACUCAUCCCCUAAAAACCACUCCAGUCGAAUCGAUUCAAGUAAAACAAGAGAUGCUUUGAAACUCGAGGGAAUAAAAAAAUUUGACGAAUUAUGCUAUGCGCAUUCCGCUAGGAAAAGACAAGACAUUUAUUUUCCAAGCUCAAAAGCCAACGAUAAACCGAGAGCUGGGGUCGUUAUAUCACCAUCAACAGCUGAGAAGCCAAUUCCAGGCUGCUGGUGCCCUGUGCCACCUUCUGCUUUUAAGCUGAGAGGAGAGAAUUAUUUCAGGGAUAAAAAGAAAUAUCCUGCUGCUGAUUAUAGCCCUUAUGUACCUAUCGGUGUCGAUUUAUUCGCCUGCCCUCGAAAGAUAAAUCACAUUGCAGAGCAUAUUGAGCUUCCAUGUGUAAAUUCACACCAUCAAGUGCCUUCCCUUCUAAUUGUCAAUAUUCAGCUUCCUACUUAUCCAGCUUCAGUAUUUCUUGGAGAGAGUGAUGGGGAGGGGAUGAGCCUUGUAAUAUAUUUCAGAUUGUCUGAAGAUUUUGAUAAAGAAACUUGUCCUAGAUAUUUAGACUCCUUGAAGAGGUUCAUUGCGAACGAGACGGAAAGCGUGAAAAGCUUUGCAAAGGAAAGUGUUGUUCCUUACAGGGAGAGGCUAAAAAUCAUGGUCAAUCCCGUAAAUCCUGAAGACCUCGGUUUGAGCUCUGCAGAAAGAAAGCUUUUAAAUGCGUACAAAGAUAAGCCGGUGCUUUCGCGUCCACAACAUGCUUUCUACAAGGGACAAAACUACUUAGAAAUUGACCUUGAUGUGCAUCGGUUCAGCUAUAUUUCGAGAAAAGGACUCGAAGCAUUUCGAGGACGAUUGAAACAUGGGAUACUUGACCUGGGGUUGACAAUUCAGGCACAGUCGCCGGAUGAACUGCCCGAGAAAGUAUUGUGCUGUGUGCGGCUGAACAACAUAGAUUUUGUGAAUUCGGGCCAAAUGCCGACACUUGUUGCACAAAACCAUGAAUGA